GGGUACCAACUAUUUAGAAACGAAACGAAAAAUAGUGACAGAACGACGGGAGUAAUCUCAGGAGUAAUUUAAUGAUGGCCUCUUCGGUAAAAGAUAAAAUACAAUCUUGUUGUGCCAGUUAAGUCAACAAAACAGAUAUGUUACAUGAAGAUCCGCGGAGUGCAACUUGUCUUGUAUUAUAAAUAUUGCUAUAAAUUUGGUUGUUUCUGAUCGAAAACAUAAAAAUGUGGAACAUGAUGUGUGACGUUAUGCCCACGAUCUCCGAGGACAGCAUCUCGCAGAGAUCGUCCCAAUUCAGCGGCGAGGAUGCAAAUUUUGAACAACUGAUGGUAUCGAUGCUGGACGAACGAGAUAAAUUGAUGGACAGUCUGAGAGAAGCACAGGAGAGGCUAGCGGAAUCGGAGAACAAACUACAAGACAUUGAAAAAGAACGUGACAGCCUACAUAGACAAAUAGCUGCUAAUUUACCUCAGGAGUUUUCAACAUUAACUAAAGAAUUGACGCAAGCACGUGAGGCACUACUAGAGAGAGAUGAAGAAAUUGGAGAGCUUAAAGCUGAAAGAAACAAUACGCGGUUAUUGUUGGAGCAUCUGGAAUGCUUAGUAUCUAGACAUGAACGAUCACUUAGAAUGACUGUAGUGAAAAGACAAGCAGCAUCGCAGAGUGGAGUUUCGAGUGAAGUGGAAGUUUUAAAAGCUCUUAAAAGUUUAUUCGAACAUCACAAGGCAUUAGACGAAAAGGUUAGAGAACGCUUAAGACUUUCUUUGGAAAAAAAUUCCGAGCUGGAGGAGGAGCUAGCACAAGUGAAGGAAGAGCUGCAGCACAAGUCAGGAAUUGCAUUGAGUCAAACCAAUACUUCCAAAGAGAAUGGCGAGGAUUGCAAGGACACACUAUCGAAUGGCGAGGCUUCGGAGCAAAUAGAUUAUUUGGCAAAAACGCAUGAGCUGCAGACGAUUAUCGAAAAACAGACUGCCGAACUGUCACAAUGGCAACGCCGUGUAUCUGACUUGAAUAACAAAAUAAGUGAUUUGGAGGACAACUUGAACAAAACACAGAAAGAAUUCACUAAAUCGCAGGAAACAUGUGUCAAACUUCAAAGAGAUCUUCGUGAAAAUGUAGCACAAAAAGAAGACCAAGAAGAGCGAAUAGCAACCCUGGAAAAACGGUAUUUGAAUGCACAACGGGAAUCUACAUCACUACAUGAUUUAAACGAAAAAUUAGAACAAGAAUUGAGGCAUAAGGAAGCUCAAUUGAAGUUGCAAGAAGGUAAAAUUUCUGCUAUUCAAGAAAAGUUGGAAUUAUCUGAUCAAAAAUUAGCUCAACUAUCAAUCGCGGACUUUGAAGAGCAGUUUAAGGCUAAAUUAGAAGCAUUUAAUCAGGCCCAAGAACGGCACGGUUCUUCUGAAGAUCGUAUUUCACGACUUGAAGCAAAUGUGGAGGAAAAGAAUGCCGAGAUAAUGCGUUUGAAUCAAAGACUGAAAAUGAAUGAAGAGCACAAUCAAAGGUUGUCUUCGACGGUCGAUAAACUUUUAUCGGAGUCCAAUGACCGAUUACAAGUUCAUCUAAAAGAAAGAAUGACAGCGCUAGAGGAAAAAAAUAUACUUACUCAGGAGUUAGAUAAAGCAAAGAAAUAUGCUGAAGAACUGAACCAUGAAAAGUCUGAAAUAUUGAAAGAAAUGUCGAAGAGCAAACUAGAAAUGGACAAUUUUAAAAGACAAUUGUUGCAGCAGGAAAUUGCCUUUAAUAUUCAACAAACAGAAGCUUUAACAAGAAGUCUGUCUCCUACGAAUGGAACAGACGCAGAGAACUUCUCUAGGAGUACUUCACAUGCUAGUUUCGAUGCCCUAAGUAUAAGGAGAAAGAAACAACUUUUAGAUGAAGAACAGUUUAGUAGGUCGCUUACUGAACAAGACUGGGGAAAAAUGCAACAAAUAUCAGGAGCACAAAAUUUCGAUAACAGCGCAGUUGAUGGUGAUGACACAGAAAGUUUAUUUAGUACUGCCGAUAUUAUGUCUCCAAGUGGUCACACAGAUGCCCAAACACUUGCCCUGAUGUUACAAGAACAAUUAGAUGCUAUAAAUAAUGAAAUAAGAUUAAUACAAGAAGAAAAACAAUCAACUGAAGCGCGCGCUGAAGAGCUGGAAUCUCGUGUUGGAAGUCUAGAACAUAUGAACUUACUAGCAAGAGGUAGAUCAAUGGACCGACAAAGUCCACCGUUGAGCGGAAGAAGCACUCCCAACAGCCCAAAUCGCGACUACCUCCACAAAUACCACACAGCACCAGCCUCCAUGUCACCUGCGCAUUUACACCAAUACGCUGUUUCGAUAAAUCAGGGACUAUCUGAAUCACUCCCAUCUAGUCAGGUACAGUUAUCACACCUUUCAUCGGAAAAAUCACUUGAAGAUUUUCACAGUGGGAAGGAUAUGACAAUACCAUGUCCCGAUGCACCAUCUAGUGGUGCAGCAUCUCCGCUUACCGCACGUUCAAUGCGGUUAGAACGCUUUGCCCUAGCAUUAGCACAUAGUCAAGAGGAACUGAGAAGGUGCGGUACCGUUGCUUCCUUUGGUGUCUCUCCGCCCGGUUCUAGGCAUGGUAGCCAGGAAUCAUUAAAAAAGUUCAAUGCAAUAAAUACGCUUAGCUCAUUACAAACACCUACAUCAGUUACUAGGGAAGCUGUUGUAGCUGCCCAAAAAAAAAAGGGUAUUAAAUCUAGUUUAGGAAGGUUAUUCAGCAAAAAAGAAAAGUGCAAAACCGGUAAAGAUUCCUCCAUGCCAGAUGGAUCAGUCAGCAUGAUGUCCAUGAGUGGACUGUCUCUUAUAAGCGAUGUCGAUUCGAAUUAUGAUACUAUCACGGUGUACAAAAUGCCUGGGAAAACCACUACUAUCGAUUAUUGUAGGCAGAAAAAAAAGGAACACGACUAUCGUCACGAUUUGUUGGGUGAGGCCAUGAAAGCGGGAACACCCUUUGCACUUUGGAAUGGUCCAACAAUUGUAGCAUGGCUAGAAUUAUGGGUAGGCAUGCCGGCAUGGUAUGUGGCAGCCUGCAGGGCAAAUGUGAAAUCAGGAGCAAUAAUGAGCGCCCUAAGUGAUACUGAAAUCCAGCGCGAAAUUGGUAUCAGUAAUCCACUGCAUCGAUUAAAAUUAAGAUUAGCCAUUCAGGAAAUGGUUUGCUUAACGUCGCCUUCUGCGCCACCAACAACGCGAACUACUUUAGCAUUUGGAGAUAUGAAUCAUGAGUGGAUAGGCAAUUAUUGGUUACCAGGGUUAGGUCUCCCACAAUAUCGAACUACUUUCAUGGAAUGUUUGGUGGAUGCUCGAAUGCUGGAUCAUUUGAAUAAAAAAGAUCUCAGAGGACAGUUGAAAAUGGUAGACAGUUUUCAUCGAACGAGUCUACAGUUUGGCAUUUCUUGUUUAAAACGCUUAAAUUAUGACAAAACAAUUCUUGAAGAACGAAGAAAAGCAUCUGAAAGUUCUACCGAUGAUGUCUUAGUUUGGAGCAAUGAUAGAGUUAUCCGCUGGAUUCAUUCCAUAGGUUUGAAGGAAUACGGAAACAACUUAUUAGAAUCAGGUGUACAUGGUGCGCUGAUAGCACUAGAUGAAAGUUUUGAUGCCAACUCCCUGGCAUUAGCGCUUCAAAUUCCAACGCAAAACACGCAGGCUAGACAAACAUUAGAGGCAGAAUAUAAUAAACUACUCGAAUUUGCUACAGAUAGACGAAUAGAUACCGAGCAACUUAAAUCUUGACACAAUGCAAAUAUAUCUAGUCUUCAAGAAUAACUUAAUUAGAAUAUAAUAUUACUCCAGCAAUUGUCAUUAGUCAUGCCUUAAGGCAAUACAGUAGUUUAUAUCAUCACUGUAAAUAUUGAAUAAAUUUUAAAAGUAGUAUACUACAAUUAAGAGCUAAACUAAUAUGCUGUAUUAUAAACAGAUAGGAUGGAAUUAAAAUAACAAAAUAUAACAAGCAGUAUUCCAAA